AUGGCUUACUUGUCAAUUGUUUUCAUGCUGCUCUCUGCCUCGGCCAUAUCAUUUCCUUUCCUUGUAUCAGCAGACAAUGAAACUAUCGCACUGGGCGCUUCACUUGUCCCGGUAGCUACUACUAGCCGUGAUCAGCACUCCGUUUGGUCUUCACCAUCUGGUUAUUUUUCCUUUGGAUUUUAUCCUUUUCGCCAAGGCUAUGCCAUCGGAAUCUGGUUAGUCGGAGCUGAGGAGAACACCACCGUUUGGACAGCAAAUCGUAAUAAUGCACCGAUACUCGCCUCCAGUAGCCCAAAACUAGUCCUUGAGCGUUUUAAGCUCGUCCUGAUUACAGCAGAUGGACCAGAAAUACUUGUCGCCAAUUCGAGUGUCCCUGUUUCUUCUGCAUCCAUGCUCGAUAAUGGCAACUUUGUUCUAUAUGAUAAAAAUCACAAGAUCACUUGGCAGAGUUUCGAUCACCCAACUGAUACGAUCCUGCAGGGUCAGUAUUUGACUGCGGGUGCUAGGCUGUUUUCGAACAAGUCCACGAGUGAUCCCGGAGAAGGAGAUUUCUUUCUAAUCAUGCAAACAGAUGGAAACCUUGUCCUGUAUGCAAAAAAAUACAUGGUUCGGGUUCAAGAUGCGUAUUGGGCCUCCGAUACUCGGGUUGAAGAGCUCAUCGGGUAUGAGCUCUAUCUUAACGAAACUGGCCUUCUAGCCGUAGUACAGCUUAACGAGUCUCCGGUGAUCCUUCCAUUGAACAAAGAAUACAAUUCAUACGACAGUCCUGAAAAAAAUGUAGUUACUAUAUAUCGCGCAACUCUUGACGUAGAUGGAAGCUUUCGGUUAUAUUCGCACAGGCGUGGUGAGACAGAAGGUUUCAAAGAAUCCAAUCUGUGGUCAUCGAUUAUCAAUCCUUGUAAUGUGCAUGGUUAUUGUGGCUUAAACAGCUACUGCACAAUAUUUGACGCAGCAUCAACGUGUAAGUGUAUUCCCGGAACUGGUUAUUCUUAUUCCGAAAAUGAAAAGGCUAUCGACUGCUUGAGAAAAUAUCAAUGGAGGGGGUGUAAAGAUGGUGGGGAAGAGAAUACUACUUCCUAUACUAUGGAAGAGAUGGAGAAUAUAGUUUGGGGUAGUGAUCCGUACGACGAAGGGCAAAUGUCUUCAAACCACUGUAAGAAUCAGUGUUUGGAAGACUGCAAUUGUGGCAUGGCGCAUUACGAGAAGAGCUCUGCAAACUGUAGGAAAUAUCAGCUUCCCUUGGUAUAUGUAAGAAGAGAUUUUUCACAGUCAACAACGGCUUUCUUCAAGGUGGGCAAAACAGUCAGUUCGAACAACACAGUAGAAAAGACGCCGAAGCCGAGGAAUCAAGGCGUGACGAACAGGAACAUGGUGCAAAUUCUUGUCUUAGUUCUUGGCCUCACUGUGUUUUCGUUUGUUGCACUUGCGAUUUUCGGUAUGUAUGCUUUUAAGAUUCGUGACCUGAGGUACAAAAGGCUGAGGGACAUUGGAAAUCUAAGCAUGGUUGGCGAUCAGCUUACUUUGAGAGUGUUUUCGUACAAUGAUCUCAAAAGGGCAACGAAUGGAUUCAAAGAAGUGUUGGGAAAAGGAUCGUUCGGAACUGUUUACAAAGGGACCUUAAACAGAGGCCGAAAACUUGUUGCGGUGAAAAGACUUGAAAAGCUGGUUGAAGAAGGUGAGACGGAGUUCCUUUCUGAGAUGCGGGCAAUUGGAAGAGCUAACCACAAGAACAUAGUUCGGUUGUUGGGAUACUGCGCUCAAGGAUCGAAAAGGCUUUUGGUUUACGAGUUCAUGAGCUAUGGUUCCCUAGCAAAUAUUAUAUUCAAUAACGAAUCCAAGCGCUUGGAUUGGAAGGACAGGGUAAGAAUUGCGAUUGAGGUAGCCAGAGGCAUUCUCUAUCUUCAUGAAGAGUGUAGGACACCGAUCAUCCACUGUGAUAUUAAGCCUCAAAACAUUUUGAUGGAUGAUUUUUGGACGGCUAAGAUCUCUGAUUUUGGGCUGGCAAAGCUACUCAUGCCAGACCAAACAAGAACUAUGACAAGGGUAAGAGGGACAAGAGGGUACUUGGCCCCUGAAUGGCAAAAGAACUUUCCAAUCUCUGUUAAAACAGAUGUUUAUAGCUAUGGGAUAGUUCUCCUGGAAAUUAUAUGUUGCAGGUCCAAUUUGGAAGUUAAUGUGGAAGAUACUGAUGAGAUUGUUCUAGCUAGUUGGGUUUACAAGUGCUUUUCCUCUAUGGAGCUGGAUAAGCUUGUGAUUGGUGAAGAAGUAGAUAAGAAGACAUUGGAGAACAUGGUGAAGGUGGGUUUGUGGUGCAUUCAAGAUGAUCCAACUCUUCGUCCUUCAAUGAAAAGUGUGGUGUUGAUGUUAGAAGGGAUUACUGAGAUCUCUGUUCCUCCAUGCCCAACUUAUUCCCCCAAUUUUAUGUGAUUGUAUUUUGGAGUUUUUGAUAACGUUAGGUUCGUCUCUUUUUCUCCUCAUGUAGUUUGAUACCAGUGCUUUGAGAAUGUUUUAAUUUGAAUU